AUGGACAGCAACAAGCAGGAGCCCGUGCUGGCAGCUAAACUUUCCGCUCUCGAGAGCCACCAUAUGACUGUCCUGAUAGCAUCUUACACACUUUGCCAGAUCGUUUACCUCUACACAUCGGAGAUGUUUGCAAACAGUGGUUGGUUUGAAAUGCCGGUGGUCAAAGAAGGACUCUUAUCGAAAGGCAAACGUUUUGACGUUUCGGGACAUAACAAACAGCAGUUGUGGGAUCUUAAUGUUUUGUCUAAUAUCCAGAACACCCAGAACGACAUCCUGCUCUACAUCGGGGUCACAAUUGCUAUUUUUAUGGUUUGUUUUUUAUCCUUCUUCAUAGUCAGAAUAUACCGGAAGAAAGGCCAGCAUCAGAGCUUGUACAAUAUGGCUUCCAAUGAUUAUCACCCCGAGUUUUUUCCUGAGCACGAUAAGAAGUCCCUCAGCCUCCAACCGGAUCUAACCCAAACCGUCCCGCCUUGCUACGAAUACCCCUACACGACCCCAGCCACAUCCGUUACGAGGUCGGUUUCAGAACACCACUACGACGUGCCACACUUGGCUUCAGGUAGUGACAUUCAGAUGUCGCCGGCUACAAGUUCGACGCUAGAGUCCUCUAGCGGUAAGAGGAGCCAGAUGAGUGGAUUCACCAAUAACUACAGUGAAGCGUUAUCUAUUGAGCACGUUGAGUAUCUGAAUAAGGUUACCGCUUCCGACUCCACCUAUGAGGUAGCCACCGAUACAGUGACACUACCGAUCGCUGCUUUACCGACCGCGUACGCGGUCACCCCUACGACAAGCGGCAACUACACGAGCUCAGCUUUGACUCACACCGGUGGAUUCCUCAACCUCUCCGAAUCAGGGGUGAGCCUCCUAGUACCAGAGGGCGCCAUAUCCAGAUCCCGAAAACAGGAACUGUUCCUCUCUAUAUUGAACGAAGAUUGCUUCAGGCCUAAAUUAGCUGAGGGUCUAACCCAGCUAAGUCCAGUAGUUUCCUGCGGCCCCAACAUUUCCCUGAAUAAGGCGGUAGUUCUGAAGGUCCCCCACUGCGCUGAGAUAACUAGAAACAACUGGUGCAUUUCAGUAUUACAGAGCGACUGCAGCGACUCUCAGUGGCAGAACGCUGUCACCUUAGGGCAAGAGACUAUCAAUACCACCGUUUUCUGUCAAUUAGAUAAGGAUUAUGCCUAUUUAGUAACUGAAUGUUUGUCUAGGUUCGUAAUAGUCGGUAGAUCCAUUAAUGGAAAUGCUAUUAAGAGACUUAAGUUAGCAGUUUUUGCGCCAAAACUAUGCUUUCAGUCCUCUGUAGAUUAUAGUAUAAGAGUGUAUGUCCUCGAAGAUACCGAUAGCUCCAUGGAGACUGUCUUUGGGCAAGAAAAGAGGCUGGGAGGCUUUCUUUUGGAUGAGUCUCGCAGUAUUACCUUCCAAGAUGGUGGUAACAACCUUUGUCUUUCUUUGGAGAACGUUAGCGAUGGGUGGAGACCUAAACCAGCGUCCAACUACCAAGAAAUACCUUUCAAGCACUUAUGGCAAGCUAACAGCAACAGCUUACACUGUUCCUUCACAUUAGAAUCGUUCGAAGUGAGCAGAAACCUCAGUUUCAAAAUAAGAGUAAAUCAGAAAGGUUUUGAUUACCACCAAGUAUUUGACAUAACAUGUAAAGACGAUGGAGAGGAAGCUGUGGAGAAGACGAGUUCCGGAAAGUUCAACCACAAUGAAUUUGUGCCAAAAGUUACUAUACAAAGCGAGACGAGUCGCUCUAAUGAUUCAAAGAAAUCGGUGGAAUACGCAAAUUCCUCGAAAAGUGCCAAACUAGCCAAAAACUUAAUUGUAACAGAUAGAGGUGUAUCCACUUGUGAUGAUUUCAAUUUUAGGUUAAGUAAAGCACUUAGGAAACAGCUUUGCCAAUGUCUGGAUCCUCCAGUUCAGAGAGGCAAUGACUGGAGAAUGUUAGCUCACGCUUUGCAUGUGGAUAGAUAUAUUAACUUCUUCGCGACAAAGCCGUCUCCUACGGAUUGCAUAUUGGAUCUUUGGGAGGCGAGAAACAGAGACAGCAACGCCUUAACUGAGCUGAAGCAGAUGUUCACGGACAUGGAGCGAUUCGACGCAGUGAAUGUUUUAGACAAUUGUUUGGGGCCUAACUGGUUGUAA